AAUCAGCGUUAACAGCGUCAUUAGACACCUUUUUACAGUAGAGAAUAUGGCACUAUAAAUAUUGCAUCCCCAAUUCCGUGAAUCAGUCACCAUUUUCUCUGUACCAUGGAAGCGAUCCUACUUGCACUAAUUGUUUGUUUCGCGCAAAGCGGAGCGGUUGAUGUCGACACCUGUACAGCAGGAGAAGUGUGGGCUACCACAGAUGCAUUGUACUAUUAUGAAUGUUUGGCUCCAGGAGUGGCAGUUCAACUGAAAUGUCCUGAAGAUACAUACUUCGAUGGCGAUGGAUGCGUGGAUGGAGUUCCUCCAGAUUCGUCCGAAGAGGAUACUACAACAACCACUUCCACAACAACAACCACCACAACCCCUUCUACCACAACAACUUCUAGCACAACGACUUCUACUACCACGACUACUACAACUACAACACCUUCCACAACAACGACAACUACCACGGAAUCCACCACUACAACUGAAGCGACUCCUGCUACUGAAGCUCCUACCCCUGCAAGUGGAAGCUCAACGAAUUCAACAACUACUUCUGCUGCUACCAAUGCUGCAACGGAAUCGCCAACACCCCCUAGCACAUGAGGCUUUGGUUGCAGAGAAAAUAAUGAUAAAUAGGUACCUCCUGGAAUGGUUUUCCACGAAUCUAAGUAAAGGUGAUGUUUAUCAGUGUCAA